AGUUGGUAGAACCGUAAUCGAAGCUUAUUUAUUCAAGGGCAGUUAAAAUUUGUGUUUCCGCGCGACUCUAUAAUUAUGUGUUUUAUCGGGAUGUGACUCAUUAACGGACACUAAAAAUACCUUCAGUGCGGCGAUUUUGUAUCCUAUAUGGGCUUUCAGUGCAAUGGAAUUUUCAUUUCUAAACAAGGCGAACUUCGACAAGGACUGCAUCUACAACACUAACGCUGACUUUUAUAAUACUAAUACAAAUGGGGCACUCUCCGUAGCUAAUCACAUGAAUCACUAUAAUUUAAUGAUUGACUCGAGCUACAAGCUAUGUGCCAACGAGACUGCAAUGAGAAGUUCAUUAAAUCAAGAAUCGAGCUUACUAUUUUCGAAAAUAACAACUGUUUCGGAAUUCUACCCCUCGACACAUAACAUUGCGUCCUAUAACUCGGAUUUUCAUUUAAAGGCGUAUGAUGAUGGAUUGAGCUUGACUGAUAAAUCGAAACAGAGACGGAUUCGAACCACAUUUACUUCCAACCAGCUAAAUGAGUUGGAAAAAAUAUUCUUAGAGACCCAUUAUCCCGAUAUUUACACAAGAGAGGAGAUCGCAUCGAAAUUGCACUUGACAGAAGCAAGAGUUCAGGUGUGGUUUCAAAAUAGAAGAGCAAAAUUUCGAAAGCAAGAACGACAUGCUAUUUACAUCAUGAAGGAUAAGUCUGUUAAAAUGGAUAGCCGCAAAAAUUCUGUAUCCGGCUCUAAAUAUCUUAAUCCAACAGUGAAAGGACCUCAAAAUUCGCGUCAGAUGAAAUGCCUAUAUGAUCAAAUAUAGGAACCACCAAUAUCUAUGUAAAUAUUAAGAUACAUUUUCACGACUACCAUUAUUUUGAUAUUGUUUUUACUAACCAUUGUGGUGCGAAAUUACGUUAAAUAAAGAAAAA